UGUCAGGCAUGGACAACAUGGACCGAGGUUUCUUCCGGAAGGUGGAUGUGCCAGACCACGCUCAUUACAUCGUGGCCUGCUUUGUCGUGGUGAUUGGAGCAGUAGGGGUCGGUGGGAACGCCCUGGUGAUGUACGCCUUCUUCAGCAACAAGAAGCUUCGGACUCCUCCCAACUAUUUCAUCAUGAACCUGGCAGUGAGUGACUUCCUCAUGGCCGUCACACAGUCCCCCAUUUUCUUUGUCAACUGUCUCUACAAGGAGUGGGUGUUUGGAGAAACAGGCUGUAAGAUGUACGCCUUCUGUGGGGCCUUAUUUGGGAUCACCUCCAUGAUCAACCUGCUGGCUAUCUCCAUUGACCGCUACAUUGUCAUCACCAAGCCCCUGCAGGCCCUCCACUGGACCUCGAAACGCCGCACCUCUGUCGUCAUUGUCAUAGUCUGGCUCUACUCGCUGGCCUGGAGCCUGGCGCCUCUCCUGGGGUGGAGUUCCUAUAUCCCGGAGGGCCUGAUGACCUCCUGUACGUGGGAUUAUGUGACCUCCACACCAGCCAAUAGGAGCUACACUCUUAUGCUAUGCGUCUUUGUGUUCUUCAUCCCUCUGGGUAUCAUCUCUUACUGCUACCUCUGCAUGUUCCUGGCCAUACGCACCGGUAGUAGAGACAUGGAGAAGCUGGGCAGUCAGGUAAGGAAGUCCACCCUGAUCCAGCAGCAGUCCAUCAAGACUGAGUGGAAGCUGGCCAAGAUUGCCUUUGUAGUCAUCAUCGUGUAUGUGAUGUCCUGGUCUCCCUACGCCUGCGUCACCCUCAUCGCCUGGGCUGGCUAUGGAAGUGCCCUCAGUCCCUACUCUAAGGCCGUCCCUGCUGUCAUAGCCAAAGCCUCAGCCAUCUAUAACCCCUUCAUCUAUGCCAUCAUCCACUCCAAAUACCGAGACACUCUGGCAGAGAAGGUUCCCUGUCUGCACUGCCUGGCCCAGACCCCUAGGAAGGACUUGAUCUCUGUGUCCAACAGUGAGUCCUCCUUCAGGGACUCCAUGCUCAGCAGACAGUCCUCCACCUCCAGGACAAAGUUCCAUAGAGUGUCAUCUAUGUCCACCGGAGACACAAUGAGGAGUGAUGUCGAGCUGGACCCCAUGGACCAGCAGGGCCAGUCUCUGAGAAUCAGCCACUCCUCUGGAGCUCUGAGGGUGAAGGAGUGCAGACAGUCAUCCCAGCAGCGGGCCAAGAUAAGGAACAGCAACAGUCAGGAAAAGGUAAGGUUGGAGUGUGAUAGGGGCUCACUGAGCAGCUGUGACCACGACCUGGUGUCUGAAUCUGUCAACAUGGCCACCGUGCCCCUCCUUAUGACCAGAGAGGAGGCUGGAGAGGGGUGGCAGGAGCAGGACAAGGAGAAGACUCAGGACAGAGUCCCCCAGUCAGCCCUUGAGGUGGAGCCAGCCUCACCCCCUAGGAUCCCCAGGACCCUGAUCCACAACAAACACAGACACUCUAAUGUUUCCCAGAUCAUCAUCAUCCCCUCGUCAGAGACGACGGGGGACUAUAAGGGGGAGGAGCAUGGAGCACAGACCCGAGAGAAGAACUUGCUACUGGGCCUGCAGAGUUUAAACUGCUCCACUGAACUGCUGGAGUCGGUAGAGAAAUUCCUCUCCUGA